CUUGAUUUUGAUGACCUCAUUAUGAUCUCCCUGCCCGUGACUUCAACACCUGUGCUCGUCACCACGCCGCGUUAUGGGUCGAUGUCACGGUCGUUACUUUUGAAGAUUAAAAGCUAGAUAGUGAAAAUUAACAACCGUGAGUUAGAUGUUGAUGUUAUUUGUUGGAUUCAAGUAUAAACGUUCAGAUAUGAUGUUAAUUUAUGUAUUUAAAUAUGAGCGUUUGUAAUUUUAUUAUGAACGUCAGCAUUUUAAUCAAAUAUCAAUUGUUAGUACAUUGACUUCAAAUAUGUUUUAUAUAUGAUCAGAUUCAUUUAUUGUUAAUAAAAUUUUCACAUUUCUACACAUUUUACCAAACCGACAUGAACCAACACACAUCAAUUAUACCACUGAUUUAAUCAUUUCACUUGCUAAACCGCCGCAACGGUAUAAACCAGUUUGACAAACUUGGUUAUAGUGUAUGAGCAAAUAACCAAUAAAGCAAAGGCGGGUGAGGGGAGCAGUAGUGUGUCAGAUUUGGCGUGCAUAACUCAGAAAAGGUGGUGAUGAAUCAGAAUGAAUAUAGGGAGGGACUCAUGAGUAGUUCCCUUCCUUUCUCCUAUAUUGCACACAAGAACUGGAAUGAUUAAUAUCUCCCUACUUUUCCUCUCUUCUCUUACUGAACGAUUAAAGCAAAAGAGAAAGGGAAAACUGGGGAGCCAAUAAGAAAAUUGUCUUUACGUUUUUUUCUUCUUUUCCUUGUACUUUUCUCGACCUUUUAUCGCACACAACUGUAAUGCCAAAUUGAGCUACCAAUUGGGAAGUGCUGCUGCUAACACAAUGGUCUGCAACAAACAUUUCUGAAUUCUGCGUAGUUCAUCCUUUUCUGUAAAAGUCGGAAUUUCUUUCGAGGGUUCUCAAGAUUCUUUCCGCAAAGUGAGUGAUGAUUGCCAGCUCAUUCAUUCAUUAAUUCUCCUGGGUUGGAAUUUAUUACGAGUGGAGGGUUUAUUUCUUUGGCGGUUCCAUUUCAUGGAUUUGGCUCUCUAGCUUUGGAUCUUCAUUCAUUUUUCCACUACCCACCCAACACCAACAAGCAGCAGCAAAGCAGAGUCCUGGGUUAAGGUAAAGCUUUCUUCUUUUGCUGGUUUUAAUUUUUUAAACAUACUUCUUCUCAUGUCCUGUCCGAGUGUCUGUCUAAUGGAUACUGCUGGUGUUUGCAUUUCCCCAAUUUUCAAGCCAUCUGUCUUCUCAAACCUUGCGUCUGUGCCCUUGAAUGGGUUUUCCUUUCGCUUAUCUGCAAGCAUUGAGUCUCGGGUUUUGUUGGGGUUUACACGGAGAGUAGCUUUUGGGGCUUGUCUUGUUGUUGGCUGUGAGUGAGCCCUUUUCUUUCGUUUAAUGUUCUUUGCUUGCCAAGUUGGUUUUAGAUACAAUGUGAUCAUGUGGGGAGUUUAGUAAGGCUGGCUUGUGAGGUUCAAAAUCUCUGGUUGUUUAGGAUUAUAUAUUACUAACUCUGUUUUUUCUCUUCUCAGUGGAGAUAUUCUGGUAGAUUCCUUCAUUGUAGGGAUGGUAUUUUGAUUUCCCCCCCUUGCGAUUUAUUCCCCCAUGCUCUUUACUACUUUGUGAGAGGGAAAUGAAAAAGAAGAAAGAAAAAAAAAAAAAAGAUAGAUAGAUGCUGCUUGUCUGCAAAUUUGGUGGUUUCUUCAACUGAUACCGAGAUGCUGUUUUCUGUUGCAGUAUUCAAACUUCAACGGUGGCCAGAGAGUAGGGAAAACAAAAAUCAGAAAGCAUUGUACUGAAACUUGUGGGUUUUUAUAAUUUUCUGUAAUCAAGUUUGGAACUUGGGAACCUCUCCAAGUGGGCUUAACAUGUCUUAGUUGAGAGAGAGAGAGAGAGAGAGAGAGAUGGAUCUUUGAAUAAUAAAGUGGAGUAAAGAAGAAAAACAAAGGCAGCAGAGAUUGCAGAGGGGAAGAAAGAUAGAAAAAUUAGCAGCAGUGAGUGCUAGAGUGUGUGUGUGAGAGAGAAAGGGAGUCAGAUUGAUGCUUGUAUGUGGGUGGGGGUUGUCUUCCAGAGUCCUGUGAAUGAAUUAGCUGAAUAGUUUAGUUAAGAGAGCCUUGUUGGCCAUGUCCCCUUCUUCUGAUUCACUGCCUCCGGGCUCCGUGGGCUUUGCCGUCGAUUUAGGUAACACCCAUUCCUCCAUAUAAUCUCUCUCAUCUUCCUUCCUCUGUAAGAGAUCCUUCAUUUUUUUCUCUUUAAAAACAAACAGUUUGAUCUGAAAUCUUCCUCUAGUAUCUCUCAGUCCAAGUUAUCCCCUUUCACACAAAAACUUCAGUCCUUCCCUCUCUUUCAUAGUCAGACUUGUUUCGCCUUGCCUCGAUUUGCUGUCAAGAUUUGGUGGUAAUGCUCCAUUUCCUACUGCAGAAAAGAGGAUCCCCUUCUUAAUUACCACAUCUUUAUUAUUCAACCUUCCUCUCUCUCAUUGAGGCUUUAGAAGAACAACCAGCAAAACCUUCUUCUUCUUCUUUCUUCUUCUUCUUUCUGAUUCAGCAAUCUGGUCCCCACUCCCUGGGUUAUUGCUCCCAUUUCCCCAAUACAGGCAACUUUUCUCCUCGAGACUUGAGGGGUUAUGUAUAUAUAUUUCACUGGGAAGGUGUGUGGUUUUUGGUUCUGGAGUUGUUUCUUGGUUGAAUAGUGAAAGGGGGAAGGUUUGUUUGCGUGGAAGUACAGUAAAGUUUGUGGCUUUCUCUCUUUGGCAAAGAUGAAGUUUAUGAAACUUGGUUCGAAACCUGAUUCCUUUCAGACAGAUGGCGACAAUAUCAGGUAUGUGGCCACUGAGUUGGCAACUGAUGUCACUGUUAUUGUAGGAGAUGUCAAAUUCUAUCUGCACAAGUUUCCCCUUAUGUCCAAAAGCGCUCGCUUGCAGAAGUACGCCGUCACAAGUAACGGAGGAGAAAGCAGCGAUGAAGUCGACAUCUCAGAUAUCCCCGGCGGGCCAGCAGCAUUCGAGGUCUGCGCCAAAUUCUGUUAUGGAAUGACUGUAACCCUCAACGCCUACAAUGUCGUAGCUGCACGCUGCGCUGCUGACUUCCUUGGAAUGCACGAAUCCGUCGAGAAAGGAAACUUGAUCUACAAAAUCGAUGUGUUCCUUAGCUCCAGUAUCUUCCGCAGCUGGAAGGAUUCCAUCAUCGUACUUCGAACCACCACCUCGCUACUGCCGCUGUCCGAAGACCUCAAAGUUGUUAGCCACUGCAUAGAAGCUAUAGCCACUCGAGCUUGCGUCGAUCCGUCGAGAGUCGAUUGGUCAUACAGUUACAACAGGAAGAAACUCCCUGAAGAAAAUGGAGACACUGGAAUAGGAACAACGACAAACGAGAUUAUCAUGAGAAACCGUUCAGUGCCGAGGGAUUGGUGGGUCGAGGAUCUGUGCGAGCUUGGGAUUGAGCUUUACAAGCGUGUGAUCACCACCAUAACAAGCAAAGGGAUCCUUCAUCACGAGGUGAUUGGGGAAGCUUUGAAAGCUUACGCUUACAGAAGGCUGCCAGGUGUACUCGGCAGCAGCAAGGGUGGUGUUGUCCAGAGUGAAGAAAUGGUGAAGUAUCGGUCGAUGGUUGACGCCAUUGUGUGGCUUUUGCCUGCAGAGAGAGGCAGCGUCUCGAGUAGCUUUCUUCUGAAGCUGUUGAAAGCAGCCAGUUAUGUUGGCUCAGGUGAUCAGACUCAGGAACAGCUGGUGAGAAGAAUAGGACAGCAGCUGGAGUCGGCUUCUGUGAAUGACCUCCUCAUACGACGAGCUAAUGGUGGUGGCGAAAGAGAUGAUGACAGCAUGACGACUUAUGAUGUCGACGUGGUUCAGAAGAUGUUACGAGAGUUUGCAACGCAAGAUCAGAUUGCUGAAGUUGAAGAGAUCCAACAAGGAGCAGCUGCUGGGAUUUUGUCAGAUGCUUCCAAGCUCAUGGUAGCCAAAUUGAUUGACGGGUAUCUUGCUGAGAUUGGAAAGGAUCCCAACUUACCAGUGUUGAAGUUUGUGGAGAUUGCCGAGAUGGUAUCUGGUGUGUCUAGGCCUGUACAUGAUGCUCUAUACCGUGCCAUCGACACCUAUCUUAAGGAGCAUCCAGGUAUCAGCAAGAGCGAGAGGAAGAAGAUAUGCAAGUUGAUGGACUGCAAGAAACUAUCUGUUGAUGCAUGCAUGCACGCAGUGCAGAACGAGAGGCUUCCAUUGAGGGUUGUAGUGCAAGUACUAUUCUUCGAGCAGGUGAGGGUAUCUGCGACAUCAGGGUGUAGCACCCCUGACCUGCCAAAGAGCAUCAGGGACCUAAACAACGGGUCUCAAAGGAGCUCGAGAUCAGCUGUGACAAACCCGGAUGAGGAUUGGGAUGCAUUGGCAACCGCGGAAGAGCUAAAGGCCCUGAAAGCUGAGGUGGCUGCAUUGAGACUGCGACGGAUUGGGAGCAGCAGCAGUAACAAUAUGGAUCGAGGGGGUGGUAGCUACAGAAUGAAAGGGUUGCUGAAAUCCAAGAAAGUGUUUGCAAAGCUGUGGUCAAGCAAAGGAGACAAAGCGGAGAACAGUGGAUCAGAUUCAUCAGGAUCUCUUGGAUCUACAACUAAUGGCACUGAAGAAGCAAAAUCUACACCUUCAAGGAACAGAAGGAAAUCAGUCUCUUGAAAGUAGUAGAGAUUUUAACAUAGGGGGAGGAAGGGUUGUCCUUUUUGCUACAUUGGCUCCAUCCGUACUUCUGGUUGGUUUUAUUUUGUGGGGUUUCCUGUGAACACUGAAUUUUAACGACUGUUAACACGUUAAAAGGGAUAGCAGCUUAUGGUUUUAAGGAGGCGAGUACAGUUGAUGCAUAGCAUAGAGCUCGAAUGAAGAAUAGUGUGUACU